AUGAACAUGUUGUCAUCUAUUGGUGUGAAUCCUUCCGGUUUCUCCAAACUUCUUUGCACCAGGUUUUACGCUCACAUCGUUCGACCUCAGCUUGAAUACGGUCUAGCUAUUAGUCGCUUCACGGCCUCUCAACUUCACGCUUUAGAGGAAGCUCAGAAUAAUUGCAUCAAGGAAAUCUACGGUGCUCGAGAUAAAGCGUCCAUUAAGGUUAUGCUCUACAUGUCCAGGCUACCCCUCAUGUCGGAACGAAUCAGUAUACUACAGGCACAGUUCCUCUUUCGUUCCUUAUAUUUGCCAGAAGAUGCACUGCUUGCUUGUCUGCUACCCUAUAUCCGCAAUACCAGAGGAAGCCAGUGGUACGCUCUCUCUCGUACAUCGCUUUGGAAAACGGUGCUGUCUACUACUGAAGAACCCAACACUCGCUCACUCAAGACUGCUAAACGACGCUUUCUGCAACAAAAUCUAGAGAUCCGCCAACAAUGCCAAAACUUCAAACUGCUUUCUAGCUGCCGUUGA